UGUUGAAGCACUGAAGCCCAACUUCUUAAAAACAUAUUUAGAACAAGAGAAAUCCCAAAAGAGAAAAAGAAAAGGAAAAAAAUACCUCUUUGAGAAGAUGACAGAUUCUUUCUCGAAGGCGUUAGUGCAGAAAACUCCCGCAAAUUCUUGCAAGUUAAGCUUCAGGGUAAAGGGAAUUAAUGUGAUAAUUGAGAAGCACUCCUGCUGACUGUGAAUCAAAGCAGAUUAUUUUUAGCUGUAACAUACUGGCCUUGCUAGUCCUGAAGAUUUUUCUCUGCCUCAAGUGAAAGUUCACUGUUUCUCAUAGCAGAUCUUCAUGGAUCGUUGGACUGGUAUCUUAAAGGUUCCUGUUUGCCCAAAGGGCACUGCGAUUUGUAGAAUAGCAGCGUCUCUCUGCAUUUCACCUUCAAAAGCACUUCUUGUACCUACUGCAAAUGCCAUCUUCUUUAACGGAGAUAGAGUUGAAGGGACCGACAACCCAGUGAUCGAGAGGCUGUCUGAUAUACAAAAUAUUGCUGACGUUCUUGUGUCAAAAUUUGGAGCUUCUAUCAAUGCAUGGGUUAUUGAGGCCUCCAUAUUCAAUUGCCCCUUUGCUGUAUACAAGGAAUAUUUUCAGUCUCUUAACCAGUGGGGGGAGCCACAAUCUUAUAGACCUGAUGGAUAUCCGGCCUCAACUUCUGUAAUUGCACUUUUGGCCAAUUUUCUUAAAGAGAGGGCUAAGAACAUCGCGCACAAAGAACCCCAGCUUUCUGCAGAUCAUACACCCUCUUGCCGUCCUAACACAAUCAUUCUCGGUUUUAGCAAGGGCGGUAUAAUACUCAAUCAGCUAGUUUCGGAGCUUGGAUUCUCAGACAUCAAAUGCAUGGAGGAUCCACCACAGCUUACCGGUUUCACCAAAAUAACGGGGAACCACAUUGUACCAGUUUCUAGAGAGAGCUUCUUUGACAGCAUAACUGAAGUGCAUUACGUUGACGUUGGUCUGAAUUCUUUUGGUGCUUGUCUAACUGAUGAUGUUGUCAUCCAGAGAGUAGCAGAGAGGCUUAUUGACAAGGACAAAAGCUUACGCUUUGUGCUUCAUGGGACUCCAAGGCAAUGGAACGACACACGGCGACCUUGGAUACGUGAAGAGAAGGAUACAUUUCGUCAAAUACUCAACUCCGGAAGGCAGAAGAGCAAGGGAAAGCUGCAAGUCUGUGAGAAAACUUAUUUUACUGAAUUAUUUCCUGACCUGCAGAUGCAUUUUGAAAUUAUUGAAAAACUCCAGGUUGUGAGUUGAUUUUAAGCGAGGGAUAGUAACAUGUAUGUAUGUCGUAUGCUGGAUAUGUUGCAUUCAUGUGAUUUUUCGUGUUCAAUCACCCAUGUCUUAAUAAAACACAUUUGUUUCA